AUGGGCGCAAUAAUAAGUUACACUCGGAGGAACAAUUAUGCUGAUUCUCUAUUCAUAGGGGAUAUCUCGGACGCAUCUGUAUUCCCAGAAUACACCGUUCCCAAGAUGUACCUGAAGCUGCAGUACUGUGUCUCUUGCGCCAUCCACGGCAAGAUUGUUCGUGUCCGCUCCCGCGAAGGUCGCCGCAACCGUGCUCCUCCUCCAAGAGUUCGCUACAACAAGGACGGCAAGAAGGUCAACCCCAACCAGGCUGCUGCCAAGACCACUCAGGCAUAA